UAAUAUUAUUAAUUAUGAAACGUCGUGGCAACCAAGUUUGUUAACUUAUUAUUAUUAUUAUUAUUAUUAUUAUUGGACGUACCUAAAACCACCAAGACCCGUUGACCGCAAUUCACAUAUAAUUCCGAAACAACCCUUCUCUGCCCCAACGCGACCAAACAAAGCCAUGGCGGAGGAGACAGCCACUGUUCGAAUACAGCAAAUGCAUCAGAAGCUUAAGCAGCCGCCUCAGCUGCUCAGCUCGGCGGCUGGAAAACCCACUUGCUCCAUCUUCAGAGUCCCUCAGAGCAUGAUCGAAGUCAACGGAAAGUCUUACGAGCCUCGAGUCGUCUCCAUCGGACCGCUCCACCGCGGAGAAAAGCACGUGAAAAUGAUCGAAGAGCAUAAAUGGCGCUACCUAAACGCACUUCUCGCAAGAACAAAUGAUUUCUUGUGCCUUGAGGAUUACGUAACCUCUGUCCAGAGGGUCGAAGAUGAAGCCAGAGAGUGUUAUUCGGAGACCAUUCCCAUGGAUUCUGAUGAAUUCAACGAAGUGAUGGUCCUUGACGGUUGUUUCAUCCUUGAAUGUUUCCGAAAAGUCGCAAAGUUGGUUCCUUUCGAUCCCGAUGAUCCGAUCGUCGCCAUGUCGUGGAUCUUGCCCUUCUUCUACAGAGAUUUUCUCCGUCUCGAGAAUCAGAUCCCGUACUUUGUUCUCGAGAUUCUGUUCGACCUCACAAAAGAUCAAGAAUCCAACGUUUCUUUAUCAUCUUUGGCUUUCAAUUUCUUCAACAACGUAAUGCACAGGACAGAGACAGAUCUCGCGAGAUUCAAGGAACUCGGAGGGAAACACCUCUUGGAUCUUGUCCGAACAAGCCUCCUACCCGCGUCUGAUCUCCACGCGCCGCCGCCACGACGGAGGCCGACGCCGUCACACAUCAUCCACAGCAUCUCGAAGCUCCGUCGCGCGGGGAUCAAGCUCCGGGAACUCUCCGGAGACGACGAGGAGAGAACCUUAGGCUUAAGCUUCCUAGUCGUUAGAUUCAGACACGGAGUCAUCGAGAUGCCGACGAUAACCAUCGACGAUUUCAUGAGCAGCUUCCUACAAAACUGCGUGGCCUACGAGCAGUGCCACGUGGCGUGCUCUAAACACUUCACCACUUACGCCACGUUCUUGGACUGCCUCAUCAACACGUACGUGGACGUGGAGUACCUGUGCGACCGUAACAUCGUCGAGAAUUAUUUCGGCACGGAAGGUGAAGUUGCGAGCUUCGUGAAUAAAUUGGGAAAAGACGUGGCUUUCGACAUAAAUGAGUGUUAUUUAAGCGACUUAUUUAACCAAGUGCAUGAAUAUUACAAGAGUAGCUGGCACGUGCAAUGGGCUAGCUUCAAGUAUACGUACUUUAGUUCUCCAUGGUCUUUUAUUUCUGCCCUUGCAGCUCUUGUCUUGUUGGUCUUGUCCAUUCUACAAACGUUUUACACUGUUUAUCAAGUUUAUAUGUAACCCAUUAAUUAUAUAUUGAUAGAGAGACAUAUAUAAUCUGUUUCUUUCUAUGUUCUAGUGAUAUAAGAUUCUUGAAUGAUUGGAUUUU